UUGGUUGAUAAGCAUGGCUGAAGCAUCCUUGCUAUGACUACAUCUGCCACUGGGAAAACACUGAGCUUUCGGGGCCAGUUGGGCAGCUGUGGCGAAGGCAGCGACCGGAACCAGCUUCCCGGGCGCGGUGGCGGCCGUCCGUCUUGCCUCGGCUAGCUGACUACUUCAUCAUGGUAGGCUAUGACCCCCGAGAAGCUAGAAUUGAUCUCUCAUUUACAUCCUCCAAAACAAGAGAUUUCUAUUGCUAACUGUGUCUUUCCAUUCGUCUAUGGUGAUGAACUACAUUACAAUUGUAUCUCCAUCCGAAGUGACUUUGAUUGGUGCUCCCUUGACUUUCACUUCAAAGGAAGGUGGCGUUACUGCACAGCACUGGAUCCUCCAAUGUGCAUCUUCCCUUUCCAAUUCAGAAAAAGGUCCAUUAAUGAAUGCACCAAGGAAGGCUACAUUUUGAAUCGGAGUUGGUGUUCAUUGACUGACAAUUACAACAAAGAUAGAAAAUGGAAGCAAUGUUCUCCUUACAACUUUUAGGUAACCUUGUGUGUUUUUGAAGACAGAAGUUACAGAUCCAUCAGAUUUCUCUCUAAAUAUAUUUCUUCCUUUAUCUUUAUGUAACAGUCUAAUAAUAAAUGUCUGUUCUCUUGUCUUCAUUGAUGUCUUGUUUUUCUGUGAUGAGUGGAAAGAGGCAAAGUACAUUAAUGAAUAAUUAAUUUUCAUGUGGUGGGGGUUGUGACCCAGGGGAAGAUUUGGGGUAUCUGGUUACAUUGUCUGAAAUCAUGACACAAAGAAAUAUGUUCUUCUGAUUAGUAGACGUACACCUGUUUUAAUAUUUUAGUCACUGAGAGAU